UUUCCUGAUGGAAAAAAGAAGACUCUCCCUCUCUUUCUCACUCACUCACUCACACACACUCCGAAAUACACGCACCUCGUAACACACGCGUACCCACAUUCAUACGGUUUCUUUACCUCGACAGCUACUUUCAUGGAAUCAAGUGUUUUGCCACUAAUCUGCAUGCAGCGUGUGGUAAAAUAACAGGACGUUUAUGGAUUAACAAAAUUCUCCCAUUUAUUGAACUGGGACCUGUUACUUGGAAGGUAUUCAGUGAAAGCUACGGGGAAAGCAAGAAACGUGUUCAAUUUCUUGCACCGACUGCAGCGUCUAUGACGGAGUAGCCUACAAGCCCAACGGCUCCAACAGGAGACUCACAGAAAAAUUCGGGAUUGUGGAAUUGUCUGCGCGUCGGGGAGGAUUGAAACUACCGCAAGGAAUCUUCUAAACAAUCCUUUUUGGACAUACAGUAGAUACUCACUUGAAUAGUUUCGCAGUAUAUUAUUUCUGAAUAUUAAUUCGGAUUGUUUUAGAUUAUCAGAAAAUCAUAUGGAUCCCCAACGUCACAGCCCAUUGACUGUUUGAUUUCCAUGCAAUAGACUUCACCUGCUGCAGUCCAUCACCUCGCGGGUCUCUCCUGGUGAAAUCAGUGGAUUUGCGCGUCCAGGAGCCAGAGAUACAGAGGAGACGCUAUGGGGAAGAAUGCUGGGGUGCAGUGAGUUAGAGAUGGAUGCUAAGACAAAAACUGACGGAGAAAGCAUCUGACGAAUGCCCACGCUGACACGGUGAUAAAUCUACACAAAUAAUAUCCAGGAGGAAUCUUAAAAUAUGGUCGGUUUUAUUUAGGAGAUUUACCUCUGGGUAAGAUUGCCAGUACUUGCGGGAGAGAGAAGAUUGCGUUAUUCUAAGUUUACGCAGCAUUUAUUCUCACAUUUCCUUUUUUGAAAGCGUUUGUUAAGAGGACGUUGGAGUUUUUCCUCAGUGACGCUUCCUAAAAAAGACAGAAACCCAUCAAGGCUAAUUGCUAUGCUGUAUGUCACUGGCCCAAACGUAAGAUUCCACACCAAAGGUUGACCGGAACCCCAUUUAAGGACAGAAAAACGGGAAUAAGGGAAUCUGGGAAUCCGCACCAGGUUGUGAGUUGAAAUCUAAUCAGAUUGGAGGGGUUGAAGUGGGUCGAAGAACAGGGAGAAGAAAAGUUACAACCAUGGCGGAGGAAUAGUAAUUACGAAAUAUUUGCCUUUCUUUUCUUCUGCGUUCGACUGAACAUCGGAGACCCGACGAGGUAAUCAUUCGCCAUUCUCAGGUUUUAGACUGGAGGAUGAUGCGGCGCAGUUUUGGUGAGGAUAUGCAAUAUGCAGAUAUACAUUGAUAUAUUGAGACACGAGGCAUGAAGCAUCAAUUUGGGAAGAAACAGCAAACCUUGUGCGUCGUUGGUGAUAGUAGUAAAGAGCACCUGGACAGAGGAUGUAGAAUGAACGAACCUCGUAGCACCACAAGCUUACUAUUUGUUUCAUACAUGCACUCGUAGGUGUUCCUUCUCACAUCCUAAGUGAAAAAAAACACAUGCUUGGAUGGAGCAAUUGAUCAGUCGGCACGUCCGUCUCAAAGCUUACACAGCGAAACAUUUCAUGAGGAUCUAUCGUUACUUCUGCCUGUAAUAUUUGGGUUCCGGAUAAACAUUACGUGAUUACGAAAGAAAGAGAGACAAACUAUUUGCAAGGAGCCUGCCAAAAUUACUGGAGAAUUGCGGAUGGAUUUUGGUUUCAGUUGUCCAGGGGAGGAAGCCGAAGACUGGCGCCUGUGCUACUGAGAUUUCCAACACUUACUCAUCUUUGGAACAAAGGGCAGCCAGCAGCCAGCGACUGCAUGCGAAGACAUCCGGAGAUCAGGGGCGCUGCGAAUGACUUGGCAGCCUGCCCCAAUCACACCGAUUCCCAAAGAGUCGACAACCAGCCAAUGAAUUAUGAAUGUUGAACAAGAUGACAUCCUCCCCGCAGCAGCAGACCAUGAGAGGUCCUAGGUGGAACCGGGCCCUGUCCGACCCGCUGUUCGUGCUGCUGCUCUUCCUCCAGCUGCUGGUGGUGGCGGGGCUGGUGCGUGCCCAGACCUGCCCGUCCGUCUGCUCCUGCAGCAACCAGUUCAGCAAGGUGAUCUGCACGCGUCGCGGCCUGCGUGACGUGCCCGACGGCAUCUCCACCAACACGCGCUACCUAAACCUGCAGGAGAACCUCAUCCAGGUGAUCAAGGUGGACAGCUUCAAGCACCUGCGCCACCUGGAGAUCCUGCAGAUCAGCAAGAACCAGAUCCGCAGCAUCGAGAUCGGCGCCUUCAACGGCCUGUCCAGCCUGAACACUCUGGAGCUCUUCGACAACCGGCUCACCACUAUCCCUAACGGGGCCUUCGAGUACCUCUCCAAGCUCAAAGACCUCUGGCUCCGUAACAACCCCAUUGAGAGCAUCUCUUCCAAUGCCUUCAACCGCGUGCCAUCGCUGCGGCGCCUGGACCUGGGCGAGCUGCGUCGGCUCACCUACAUCUCGGACACGGCCUUUGAGGGCCUCAGCAAUCUGCGCUACCUGAACCUGGGCAUGUGCAACCUGAAGGAGAUCCCCAACCUGCACCCGUUGGUGCGGCUGGGCGAGAUGGAGAUGUCCGGCAACCAGCUGGCCAUCAUCAAGCCGGGCUCCUUCAAGGGCCUCGUCCACCUGCAGAAGCUGUGGAUGAUGCAUGCUCAGAUCCAGACCAUCGAGAGGAACGCUUUUGACGACCUGCAAUCGCUGGUGGAGCUCAACCUGGCCCACAACAACCUCACCCUCCUGCCCCACGACCUCUUCACCCCACUGCACCAUCUGGAGAGGGUGCAGCUGCACCACAACCCCUGGAACUGCAACUGUGACAUCCUGUGGCUUAGCUGGUGGUUGAAGGAGAUGGUGCCCGGCAACACCAGCUGCUGUGCCCGCUGCAGCAGCCCGGCGAGCUUCAGGGGGCGCUACAUCGGCGAGCUGGACCAGAGCAACUUCCACUGCUAUGCGCCGGUGAUCGUGGAGCCGCCGGCCGACCUGAACGUGACAGAGGGCAUGGCGGCGGAGCUGAAAUGCCGCGCCAGCUCGCUGACCUCUGUCAGCUGGAUAACGCCGAACGGCUCCGUCGUGACACACGGCAACUACCAGGUGCGCAUCUCCGUACUCAACGACGGCACACUCAACUUCACCAACGUCAGCAUGCAGGACACGGGCACGUACACGUGCAUGGUGAGCAACUCGGCGGGCAACACCACGGCCUCGGCCACGCUCAACGUGUCCUCCACCGAGGCCAGCACCUUCACCUACUUCACCACUGUCACCGUGGAGACCAUGGAGCACGAGGAGGGGCACUCCACAGUACCGCAGAGGGUCGGCCCCACCCCCUCCUCCGGCAUCUGGGAGUCCUCCACGCUGGCCUCCACCACCUCGACCUCGGCGCGGCUGCCACGGACCACCAAGUCCACAGAGAGGCCCUACACCAUCCCUGUCACCCCCCUGGGAGAGGGCCCCUUCAAUGGGCUGGACGAGGUGAUGAAGACCACCAAGAUCAUCAUCGGCUGCUUCGUUGCCAUUACGCUCAUGGCGGCUGUGAUGCUCAUCAUCUUCUACAAGAUGCGCAAGCAGCACCACCAGCAGAACCACCACGCCCCGGCGCGCAGCAUCGAGAUCAUCACCGUGGACGAGGACUGCGUGCCCGGUGGGCAGGCCAUGGAGCGUCACCUGGCUCUGGCGCAGCUGGAGCACGAGCAUCUCAACCACUACAACUCCAACUUCAAGGUCCCCUACAACCACGUCAACACCAUCAACUCCAUACACAGCUCGGCGCACGAACCUUUGCUAAUCCGUGCGGGCUCGAAAGACAAUGUACAAGAGACCCAAAUCUGAUCUUGUUUUCAUAAUGAGAAUCAAAAUGGACUCAAUAACAGGAACAUUAAAACUAUUGACUAUUAGGAAGAUGGCGAAAAAAAUAUUACGAACUGACUGGUCGGUAUCUGUAAGUAGGCGAUGAUGGAUACGCAUUGACAUUGGGAACUAGGGUAUGUCAACUGUUACAAAAGUGUCUUUACAAAACAGAAGUUAUUUAUUUAAGAAAAAAAUCUAUUGUGGUUAAAUCAAGAAAAAAUUGUAUCUUGCAAUUAUUUUUUCAGCACUUAUAUCUUCAUGUUUUGCUUUUUUAAUUGUCUUUUUUUGUUGAUAAUGAGGGUGGUUGGUUUACUAAUAUGCUUCUAAACUCUGUGUAAAUCUUAUUGAUACCAUCCUGUAUGAAAGGAGCCCAAAGCAACCUCCCAAACAAGAGAGGAUUCAGCGAAUAUCCUGUUAUUUCUCGUCUUGCACUGUCCAGAGGGUAUGCGUUGUUGUCUCACUUUACACAUUACGCACCACAUGUCCUUUUCAAAGCUGCUUUUCUGCCCCCAAAUUAAUUGUUGUAAUCUCCAGUGACCAUCUGUUAAUUUAGAUUUAGGACUAAAAAAAAGUUUGAGUGAGGCUCAGUUGGCAGUGCAAUCUGAUAACGCCGCCGAAUCAUAUUAAGCCCUUCCACUCACAAGCAUCUGACCCAGACGCACACUUGGUCUCGAAAAGAGAAUGGAUUUGGGAUGCGCAGUGAUGAAAAUAUGCCACUAUUUCAAAACGAGGCCAGAAGUCAGACCCUAAGGCCUGUAGAGACACAAUAUUACUAAAUUACUCAUAGCGGUGAGGGGAGCAGAAGUCUUAGAAGCCUGAUAAACAUUCAUGAACGAACAAUUAAAUAUAGAUCUGAGUGUAACACUGAUGCAACAGUUAGCACACAAUCCCAUUGCACAUAGCCUCAACUCUCCCAGUGCUCAGACACUGACGUCUGACGUCAGUCAUGGUGUCACAGACGACCUUCUUUAAUGGAGCUAGCAGUCCUGUGGGUACGGGAGACACACACACACACACACACACAUAGACACACACACAUACACACUCAGUCAUAUGCCCCAGCCAGGCCCCAUCUGACAAGCCCCAGCUCUCGCUGCUCUGUGCUGCUUUGCCUCACACCACUGCAGAUGUGCUGGCAAAUUACCCUCCAAAAAUACUCCCCAAUCCUCCAUCAGCGCCGUUUUUCAGCCGUUCUGUCCCCUAUCCCCCCCCCCCCUGCAAACACAUUGCCUCUCAUCUGUCUGAAACAAUCACCUCGCACAGCCUUAGUCCUGCUGCUGCAGUGUCCCCCUGCCAGCCUCCCAAGUAGUCAGACCCAGAGGAGGUUGGAGAUGCCAGAUCCCGGGCCAAGGAGAUGAGCCUCUGGGACUUGGCAGGUAGUCAGAGCUGCUAAGCAGAUGUCCAGGUUUUUUACCAACAUCUUACUUAUCGGCCGCUCAGGAUCCUUCGUUUUUUAACGGAAGUGUCCUGAGACUAACCGGCAGAUGCACCAUCAAAAGGGAAACCAUCUCUGAGAAUUUCAAAAAAGCGCUGAAAUAUGAAACAAAAUGUGGAAUCAUAAUUUGUUUGCCAAACAAGCAAUUCUCGUAUUCCAAGCUGAGAAAAUCCCACCCCUAGAGCCUCGUGUUCCUCCCUGUCCUGUCCAUACAGCAGUCAAGAGUCCAAGGCUUUUUCAACAAGAAGUGGUUUUGUUUUGUGGUCAUAGUCAUGUAUUAUCAUCUAUAUCGUUAUAAUUAUCGACUUCUCAAAUAAAGUUUAAACAGCAAAGAACAGUAAUUAUUCAUAUCCGUCCUUUAUGUUUCAAGAGGAAAAAUAUCCCAUUAUUAUGUAAAAUAAAUAAUAAAGUAAAAAAAAAUUACUGUUACAGUCACCGUGGAGACCAAUGACCUUGCACAGAGAAAUGGGAGUUCUAGUAAACACAGUACCCAUAGGCCCAUGACUGGAACAUCUGAGAAGGAAAUUUGUGCUAAUUCUGCUGUUCAAGACGUUUUAACGUCUCAAGACGUUUUAACGUCGCAUAUUUCAGAUUGAUUUGUCGCUUAACCUGCAAACAUUCACAGAAAUUCACAGACAUAAUGUGUACAUUUUCUUUGGACAAUUCUUCUUCAACCAAGAUGUAUUUAUUCUGUAUUUAUCAGUGUGGCUGUGUCAAGAGACAAAACUUGCUUUUCUGACUCCAAAUAUGUCUCACACAGUAUUAUAUAAUUAUACAAUGAAACUUUGAAACACACAUGCAAACCACAGCUGGGUCAAAAAUACUCCCUCUCCAAUUCACCAGCUGAAUCAGGUGCCAUAAAAUGAACCCCACUCAAAAUCCAUUUGAACCGCCUAAAACAAUAUACUACACAUAUAAAUAUUAUACAUUCCUAUCAAAGCAGCUCACAUACGAAUACACCCAAUCAUUCCCACAUGGAGUUUAGAGCCAUGGUAAACCUUUAUGGUAUCUUUAUGCAUUUCAUUUGGAUUGUAUUUGACUUGUGUAUGGGAUGACACUGGAUUGUCUAACUAGGAACCUCAGUCAACUUCAGAGGGUCUUCAUCAUCCAUGCUGCCGUCAAUGCUGUUCCUUUGGUAAAUUCGUUUUAGAGUUCGGCUGUGAAUUCUAGUGAUUGCUACUCCUUCUGUCGCAUCGCAUCAUGUGGGCAUCUGUGUGUUUUGGGUUGGGAGAUGGGAUUAGACUUUCCUUCUUUUAGUUUUGUUCCACAUCAUUUUUUUUUCUUGUCAGAGAGGGAAUGCUGUUCUAGUGGUAGAUUUAUAUAAAAUACAUUUUGAGAAUAAAAUUAAAAAAAUUAAAAAACAAAAAACUAAAACCUUUUUUAAUUUUGAUUUUACAUGUGCCAACCUCUUCGGGGAAAAAAUGGAAAUGUGAAACAUGCUGUAAAAGACAAAGAAAGUGAUUUUCAUGUACGCAUAUUGUCAUGACCUUUAAAGAAAAUACAGACGAAAAUCGAUUAUAGAAACCAGAGUUUGUAGUUCAUACACGAAAAAUAAGGUUACAAAUAAACUAUUGUUGUUUUUUCUGUA